CAGAGCGAUGCGCCCGCUCGCGAGACAGUGCCGGUUUCCUCUUCACGCGCGUUCGGACACAGUUCAAGCGGCGAUGCGUUUGCAGGAACGAGAGGAGAACGCGUACUCGCCUGCGCUUUGAGAGUAACCCAGCGCGGGUUAAGCUUUGCGUGGGUUUGCUUUGAACCGUUAACUGCCAGACGUUUAUUGCUCAUUUUCGCCGAAAUGCCCGAGCUCAUAUCCGUGGGUGAGUUCAUCGCGGAGACUUUGGAGGACUACAGUUCUCCGACCACCUCCUCCUUCACCAAAAAAAUGACAAGUUGCCGGAAUUCCGUGAGCAACAUCGAGGAGGCCCUGGACUGCGACCGGACCAUACUACAGAAGCUGAAGAAGGCAGCCAAGGCAAAGCAGUCCUCAGGCCAAGACCACAUCUCUCAUCUGGAGCUGUACAUCAACUCCAUGGAGAAACUGGCUGUGAAUUUUCAUAGUAAUGGUGAACAGGAAGUGGCUUCUGCGUUUAAUAGGUUUGCUGAGUUCUCCAAAGAGCUUCUCGCUCCAAUGAAGAACGUGUUGAAGAGCAUGCUACACAAUAUCAACUUUUUCCUGGACUCACUGGUGAAGGGGGACCUGAAGGAGGUCAAAGGUGAUCUGAAGAAGCCAUUUGACAAAGCAUGGAGGGACUAUGAGAACAAAUUCACCAAGAUCGAGAAGGAGAAGAGGGAGCUGGCCAAGCAGUACGGCAUGGUGAGAACCGAGGUGAGCGGAGGAGAGAUCGCCGAGGAGCUGGAGAAGGAGCGCAGGAUGUUCCAGCUGUAUAUGUGUGAGUACCUCAUCAAAGUCAACGAGAUUAAGACCAAGAAAGGUGUGGACCUGCUGCAGAACCUCAUCAAACACUACCAUUCCCAGUGCAAUUUCUUUCAGGAGUGCCUGGUAGCCACUGAGAAGCUGCGACAGUACAUCGAGUCCCUCACGGUCAGCCUGAGCACAAUCAAACAGAGGCAGGAUGAAGAGAAGAGGCAGCUUUGCUCUUUACGAGACCAGCUCAGACCUGCACUACAGCCUGAACUUAAGGAGACUAGGAGAGACUCUUUAAGUAGGCAGACUGUCUACAGCAUGCACCAGCUUCAAGGCAACAAGCAGUAUGGCACAGAGAAGUCAGGCUGCCUCUACAAGAAGAGUGAUGGGUUAAGAAAGACGUGGCAGAAGAGGAAGUGCAGUGUACAGAACUGCUAUCUGACCAUCGCUCAUGGGACGCCGAACAAACCACCAGCCAAACUGAACCUGCUCACCUGCCAGGUGAAACCCAGCCUGGAGGACAAGAAGUGCUUCGACCUCAUCUCACAUAACCGCACUUAUCACUUUCUAGCGGAGGAUGAGUCAGACUGUAUGGCGUGGAUAUCAGUGCUGACCAACAGCAAGCAGGAGGCACUGAACGUGGCGCUGGAUGAGCUCAGGCCGAGCGGGGAGAGUAGCGUGGGGGACCUGACAAAGGCCAUCAUCGAUGAUGUCCUGCGCAUGCCGGGCAACAGCGUGUGCUGUGACUGCAGUGCUCCAGACCCCUUAUGGAUCUCAACGAAUCUGGGCAUCCUCACAUGUAUCGAGUGUUCAGGGAUACAUCGGGAGAUGGGAGUACACCACUCAAGAAUCCAGUCCCUCUCCCUGGACAAGCUGGGCACAUCGGAGCUGCUGUUGGCCAGGAACGUGGGGAACUUUGCCUUUAAUGACAUCGUGGAGGCCGGCCUCCCCAGCCUGUCUCUGAAGCCGUCUGCAGACAGUGACAUGGCAGUGCGUAAGGACUUCAUCUUGGCGAAGUACAUCGAGUGUCAGUUUGCGCAGCGGAGCGGAGGCUCGCCAGAUACUCUGCGUAGACGCCUGCAGCAGGCUGUGCAUGCCACAGACAUCUUCGGCCUGCUCCAGCUCUACGCCGAGAAGAUGGACAUGAAUCAGCCUAUACCCAACCCUCUGCAGGAAAAGCGUGAGACGGCGCUCCACCUGGCCGUCCUGCUGGCUGACCACACCUCACUACAUAUGGUGGACUUCCUGGUGCACAACUGUACCAACCUAGACGCUCAGACUGUGAAGGGCAACACGGCGCUGCAUUACUGCUGUCAGCACAACAAAAGCCAGUGUCUUAAACUCCUGCUCCGAGCCAAAGUCAACACACACCUCAAGAACGAGAACAGAGAGACUGCCCUGGACGUCGCUCGACGGCUCCGGCACGCACACUGUGAAGAGCUGAUCGUGCAGGCUCAGAAUAACCAGUUCAACAUGCACCUGAACGUGGAGUACGAGUGGAGGCUACGGCAGGACGACGUGUACGAGAGCGACGAAGACGUGGACGACAAGUCGUGGCCGGUGAAGAGGGACCGCGGCAGCCGCCCCUUCAGCCUGUACCACAGCGACGGUUCCAGUCAGGACCGAGGAGGACGGGGAGGGGGGCUCUUCGGCAUGGGCCGGCGGCUGACGCUGGCGUGGGGUGAGCAGAAGAGGGAGGUGUACCCUGGCCCCUCCCCUCAGACCCGCAGCCUGGACAGCCCCCCACCUCCACCUCCAUCCUCACCUGCACCCCCGCUGCCCCCUAGAGUUAGAGUUGCUCCAACUCUCCCACCCCCUCCGCCGCCUGUCAGUACUCCAGACAGCUGGACCGAGGUGGCCUGGAGUAAGAAGAGGACCCCCCCCCCUCCUCUGGUCAUUCGGCACAAGCGGACCUACUCUGAGCCCUCGCCGCAGGUGCCGCACAGUCCACACGGGGGCGCCCCCCUGGGCCACGCUGAUUACGGUGUGCCAGGCAGUCCACGAGCCUUCGGCUGUCACGAUUCAUCGUUUCCUAAGUGUGUCUCAGGGUCUCCGAAGUACACUGUGAGUGCCCUCAACUCCCUAUCUGAGCUGCCAGAGCAUGCAGGUUUCCGGGCAAACGUGGGAGACAAAGCUGCUCACGCCCUCUACCAGAUUCCUCAGAAGUCCAACGCUGGACGAAAGGGGCUGCCUCGCUCUCCCUCCUCCCCUCGCUCCUUUAGCCUGGACUCCAACGGAAGCUCCUCCUCUUCCUUUCCCAGCAUGCCACACCAACUGCCCCGGCAAACUGUGACAAAGUCAAAACCACGGCGAGUGAAAGCCAUGUAUGACUGCGUGGCUGAUCACCACGACGAGCUCACCUUCAGCGAGGGGGAUGUGUUGGUGGUCCUUGCGGAGGAAGACACAGACUGGUGGCAUGGCUAUGUGGAGGGACACCCCAACAAGACGGGCCUGUUUCCCAUGUCCUUCGUCUCCACGCUGUCCGAAUGAAGCCAAGGCAAGGCGGAGCCCAGAGGAAGCGCUCGGAGGAAACGGAGCUCGCAUCCACGAUUGCGUGUCAAGUAUUCGGCCUUCCACAGUGACACGCAGGGCUCUGUUGGGCAGGGUCCGAGAGCUUCCCAGCGGGGCGUUUCGGAACGUCCAACAGUCGGUAGUUUUCCCUUGGGUCCUUCAGACAGGACAGUUGCGUUUCCCUUGUGCCGCACGGCCGUCGGGAACCUCCAGACUUCCUGCGCGUUCUUCUCGGCCUGGGUCAGGCGUGCUGGGACCGUCUGGAGGCUUCUGCAGGCUCCAGUGCGUGUAAGACGCGGAUUCCUCGUUCGUGAGCUGCAGCUAAAACGUUAGGCCUGCGUUACAGACAAUUGUUACUUCAGUAUCCCAGUAUGUACUCAAAUGUUGUACUGAGUAUUUGUAUAUAUUCAGAAGAUAUUUUAUUGUAACGCUUUCCAUCAUUUCCCGGUACAGAUGAAAGUUAUUGUUUAUUCAAGGUAGACCUGUAUCCUCACAGAAACUCCAGAGCUGUCCCAGGCCCCCGUACACGGUCUGGCGCUCCAGGUGUUCAAACGAGGGACACGUUUAAACAUUCAAAGUAAGGACUGCUGAAAACAUACAUUUUACUGUCUUUUCUUCUACUUAAAGCGCACUGAGAAGUAAAUCGGCUUCACUACUGAGCUGAGUCGGGACUGGGGCGUGUUCCCGUGUGUAGUCAAAUGUCCCGCGAAUGCAGCGGAAUCAGUACAAGUCUCUGGGCCGCAACUUUGGAAAAAAAAAAAAGAAAAGAAGAAAUACCUGAAACGUGUUUAUAACCUACUGUCCUGGAAACAACAAGUCUCCACAAUUAACUAGUGAUCGAUUUUCUUUAUUUUUGUACAAACUUGACCCCCUUAUAGUAGGACGGAGAACACAGAUUAAGGGUUGAUGCUGUAAUAUCAGUCCAUAUUGUACUGAACACCUGAAAAUGUCCCUUUUCAUUAAGUUUGUGUUGUAAUAGCAUUGGAAUGGAAAUGUGAAAACUAUUCAGUGCAUCACAAAAUAAUGUCAUAGCUGUGUGCAUUUUUUUUUUUUUGCUUCUAAAUUCUAAUAUUUAAAUGAUACAUCAGUUCUUAAAAUGUGAUUUGCCAUUUAAUUUAUUUGUUUUUUGGAAUUUAAUGGAAACAAAAUGUCUGUGGCCCUUGAAUGACACAAAUGACCUGCAUUACACAUUAUACAGUUUUGUUCGAACACUCGUA